UGGAAGAUGGAGGUAGAAGACUGUUAUAUCAUUUAGGAAUCUGGGAAGUUGGUGUUCCAGAAAUUCAGCACAUUUGUUUACAGUUGAGCCGUUAACUCUCAUAAUUUUUUAUUUGAUUUUUCGGGAUGUAAAUUAUGCCUAAAUAUCUUUUAUACCUGCACAGUUGUUGAGGUAGGUAUUUUAAAAUUUACAAGUUUCACUCAAGCUUUUGUUAUUGUUGUGUACUUUCUGUGACUUUAUAUUAAUACAAGGCUAUCUAUUGGAUAUUACAACAAUGAAUGAUGAUAUUAAAGAAGAACUAAGGGCAGCUGUCCUAGAUGGAGAUCUAGAACAGGUUAAAGCUCUUUUGGCAGCAGGUGCUGACAUCAAUGCUCGCUUGGGAAUAUAUGAAGACACUUUGUUACAUUUGGCUCAUACAGUAGAUGUUGUGCAAGAGUUAUUGUUCCAUGAGCCAAAUGUCAAUGCUAGGAACAAUUAUGGUUGGGCACCGCUUCAUUGUGCUGUUGAAUUCAGAAAAGGAGUUGCAGUUAUGGGAGAAGUUUUACGUCAUGAAGUGGAUGUUAAUGCUAGACCAAAUGAAACAGAGACUGUUCUGUUUGUUGCUGUAUUCACUUGCUAUAAUGACCUAGAAAUAGUUAAAAGGCUACUUGAUUGUGGAGCAGACAUUAACAUUACAUGUCUUGAACAUUCAUCUGAAGAUGACCAUUAUUGUACUCCUUUAGAUAUGUGUGUAGUGGAGGGAGAUUUACAAUGUUCCAAACUAUUUAUUAAAAUCACCCUUCUAAAAAAUUUUAAUGAUGAUUACAAAAAACUUAUCAGUCUAGACAAUUAUGUUGGUUAUGAAAUUCAUCAAGAGUUGGCUGGUUAUUUAGAAGAUUGUGUAAGAGAAAUUCUUAAUAUGAGAACUUACAAAGUCAAUGAUAAGUAUUCAUUGUAUCAUUUUGUCAAAAGGAAAAAGGGAUGUAUUAAGCCUCUCUAUGCAACUGUUGAUAUUGAUGAAGAAGAGAUUUUGGCCAAUUACCCUAUUUAUCAGGAUGUCAUAUUGCCGAGGAUCGAACAAUGCCAGGAACGGGCUAAUCUCUUUGAUCAGAUCCCAGGUUUACAUAUGUGUGCUUUUUCUGAGGUUACUAGUGCAAGUUCUGAAAAGCGUUUGGUCAUACUGAAUGUUGAUUGUAAAUAUAAAAUUGCUGAAUUUCUGUCCAACAAUGACUUAUCAAACCUUGUAACAGCAUUUGAAAAAAAUCUCUUUUAAACAUUUCAGUCCAUGACUGUAACACAUUCAGUAUUUGGCAGAACUGCAUUUUCACUACUUGUAACUGUAAAAUAUCAUGAUAAAUUUUUAUAAAUAAUCAGUAUUAUUAAAAACAAAAGUAUUAUUUAUUGUAUUAAGUUUAGGUGAUAUAAAUGUGCUUAAAAUGGAGAUUUUUUGGUUUUAGAACCAUUUACAUUAAUUUUGUAUAGCAAUGCUAAACAUUGAUUAAGUAGAUAUAUAUUUUUUUACCUUUUAUAUGAUUUAAUUAAAUACUGAUUUAGAAACAGAUUGUGGUACAAGUGUGAUGGAGUUUGUAGGAACAGAGUAAUUAUGUGCCGAGGUUUUAUUAUAGUUAAAAUAUGUACAAGUUUUUUGUUAGUUUUUGAGUAAAUUGUUUGUUUUUUUCUCUAAUGACCUGUUAUUGUGCCCAGUAAUAAUUAUUGAUAUCGUCUUAAAGACGUAUUAUUAUCUGUAGGCUGCAAUGUGGUGUCAAUGAAAGAGUGGUUAAUUUUCUUUAUUUUUGUAAGGUUUAUAUUCUACUUGUGUAUAUAUAAAUAUAUAUAUAUUAUAUGGAAAAUCUCAAAGACAUAUUUUACAUUUGUAUUUAUGGAGGAUUUCGGUUAAGGAUUGCCAUUCUAAAUGUAAGCUCUAUCAAAAGAGACUGACUCUUAAGACAUGAUUUGUUCUAAGAUUUUUUAUGCUUUAGAGUAUUUUCCUUUAAUGAAACCAAAGAUUAAACUUUCUUGACUUUUAUCAGUCAAAAUUUAAGUCUUCGAUUUACUCGGAGGAUGUGGUAUUUAAUAGUCAUUCGUUUUCUUACUUGAGUAAUUUAGUUUAUUAUUUUCUACCAAGUUUUUAAUAUCAUACAUGAUUUUAAUCAUGGAGAAUAAACUUGCAUCUAGUCAGUUACUUUUUGUCCUACAUCUUUAUUAUGUUAAAGUCGUAAUUGGUAAUGAAUAUGUAUUAAAUAAUUCUACUGGAAUAUAUAUUGGUAGUCUGUUGGAAAGGCAGGGUAUACUUACAUUUAAUCAUCUAAAUGUACUUCAAAGUUUUUUAUGUCUCAAAAAUGAUUCAAGCUCAUUGUUCUGUUUUUAAAUGCAUUUGAAAAUAUGGUUUCUGAA